CCGUUCUCAGCUUUUUAACUCUCUGUAAGCUCACAUUCGCCAACAGAAGUGAUCGUGAUCGCAGUGAUCGCACCGAAAGGCCCACCAACAAAAGCAAAUUGGACACAGUCGCGCUUUUUAUUUACAAACUAUCGCGACGUACAGAUUGUCUCCGAUUGUGUCUAGAGUCUGACUGACUUGUUCAGCGAAAAGUAAUUCUUUUGCGAUCGUUUGAACGAGAUUCUUUUGUAUUACAAGAAUCGCUUGCAUACGUAUAUGGGGGUAUCUAGAUAAUUCUUUCCUAUAUGCAUAAAUCGUGUACCGGUUGCUACUCGGUUAGGAAAUUGUCAUUAGUGAUCAAGUUUUUAUUGCUAAAUAUACAUACAGAUAAAUAUAUAUAUUAGUUUUUGUGCGGUGGCGUUAUCUCGGCCGGUUCCCAUCUUUUUGGUUAGUAUCUUUUUCGCCGUGCGCGUAUCUCUGUCAUUCAGCGGGUCCUCUAAUUUGAUGACAUGAGUUAACCUUAAGUGUGCUAUACAUAAUUAUAUUUUUCGUUAAAUAAAUAUUAAGUGAUACACUUGAGAGUCACUAGGAGUGUAGUUCACCCUCAACGAAACAGUGAGUGAUGUUGUUUACAUUUUCCAAUUAGUGUUUAAUCAACAAAGUAGCCAACACUUCUGAAAGCUUGAAUGACGUCGGCCUUACGCGGGGAAACUUUUGAGGAUACUAACAGUGAAUUGAGGAGCGGGGGAGUUUUACAGGUUCUAAGUGCUAAGCUUUUAGUGCUCAACUUAUCAUCUUGAGAAGAGGGGUCUAUAAAUUGGGAUACGAACUGGGUCGCAUUUCGUCAAAGUACCCCAAGACUACCAGUGAAGAGAUUAAAGGAGUUGGUUGGUCGUAGUUCUUUAAAGUAACUUUAUCACCAGCAGGAAUAUUAAAGAAGGUCUAAUAUUUGGUUGUGACUUUAGAACUUCGUUGAAUCGAAGAAUUGCCAUAAUUACUGCAGUCUUAAGAAAUAAAUAAAAUAAAGAUUGGAAAAAUCCGACUGCUACUGCUGUAGAACGACACGAACGAGAAAAAAAAUUAAAUCAGGAGUAGAAGGAGAAAACGGAUUACGACCAGAACGGGAAGUACAGGGACGAGCGUUGUGCAACGAAUAAAAAUUAAGUUAACCGAACACAUUUGCAAAUGAUGGAUUGGAGCCGUUGUAGCAAAGUCUACUCAACGAGGAGGUCGAGCAAACGGAAGACUCUUUUGACGUUGUCCUUGGCUACUUAUGCAGUCUUAUUGUGUCUGAUACCACUUGUUGUUGCCCGGAAUAUUGGUACAGACAAUGGGGAUGCAGAUGGUGUGGCAUUCGGUCCACCGGGACUUGAGGAUGUUUUUUCAGACUCAGAAGUACAUCACCUAUCACAUCACAAAAGACACCAUCAUUCCAACAAUAGAAUCGAUAAUGAAGAUUCAAUAAAUUCCGUAAAGGAUUGGACUGCAAACCGGAAACGAAAACUUCGCGAUCGAAAUGUACAAAAACAUACUGAAGAAGAUAAUGAAUAUGAAAAAAUAUCUUCGCCAUCAGUAAUAGCAGCAAAAGCAAAAGGCGCUAGCAAAACAAACCUUAAAUAUCUUGAACCUGAUAAGAAAUUCUUCGACUACUUCCCUAUCGAAGACGUUGAAUUAAAUUACGAUCCAAAGGAGGAUGAUAUUCGAGUAGUCCUUCUAUCUGACGAUGAUGAUACUGAUGGCAAAAAGAAGAAAUCCAAGAAAUUCACGGCCAGUACGUUAAUGAAGAAAACUCAUCCACAUCAACGUCAAAAGCGAGAUGUCCAAUAUCCCGGAAGUCAAGAUGAAAGUGCUACGAGUGCAGAUGGAGAAGGAGGAAAAAUUACAAAACGAAAUGUUUUCCCGCAGUAUCUAUCUAGUAAUAGUAUCCCUGGAGCUGAUUGCAAUUAUAUCCCCCAAAGUUCACCGAAUUUUCCAUGGUUCCCAAGACCGAGUAGGUUUUAUCUACCAGUAGUUUACGUACCAGUGCCCGUCUUUCAAGGGUAUGUACCCAGCUAUCCUUUCUACCACAAUCCUGCAUUAUCAUAUCCAGGCUACUUGCCCCCUCCGUGUUCACCACCUACAGCCUGUGCACCACCAACCAAUCCACCACCUGCGCCAGUUGUACCAACAAUGCCCAGCGGUAAUAAAACUAACCUCGCAGAUCGUUUUGGUAAUGACGAUUACCCAAUAGUCUACCCAGAAGAUGAUAGAGUUAUUUGGGAUGCUUCACCUGCACGAGACCAAACCGUUUCUUCAUUUGAUCAACCAUCACCACCAGCAGCAGCGCUGCCAUUCCCGACCACAACGCAAAGACCUGCAACUGUGUCCACCCGAAGACCUCCACCACCCCUCAUUCAUAGACCAGACAGACCUGAGAAACCAAUUGUCAGGCGAACUUCCACAACCAGACCAACAACAGGAUUUCGCAGACCAAAUGAAAUGCGAAAAUUUGCUAGCGCGAUAGCAAAUCAACGUGUAUCAGGAAUAUUCGAUUCGUCAGCAUCAAACGCUCUCGGUGGUGGUUUCCGCAGUAGCUUCGGGGCUCAACCUGCCAGACGACCCACACCGCCCCCACCUCCACCACCAACACAAGAUCCAGAAACACCUUCCAGGUGUAUCUGGGCAAUAGUCUCAUGCUGUUCUCGUAACGACUUAGCCGUACGUUAUGCAUGUUUCGAACAACUCGGCUGUCACGGAGCUUUCUGGGAUCGGAAUCCGUGUGCGGAUAAGGUGCAGGACGCUGCUCUCGAGGAAACCUCACGAUUCUUCGAUAGAAAAUAAGUGAAAAAAUAUAGAGCUCUAAGACGCUGGAAAUGGUGUAACAAAUAUGAGCAUAUUCUUCAUACUCGAUGAAAAACAACCGUUUUGGACUCCAUUGUAAAUUCAAUAUAUUCAUUCGUAAGAUGUAGAAAAAUUAGAUUGUAAGCUUGAUAUUAUUUAUUAUAAUAUAAACGUCAUAUGCGAUUGUAGAUAUGAUAUAAUUCACUAUACAUAACUUUGAGUAUGAGAUUCAAACAUGAAUUUACCGAAUUUAUUAGAUACUUAAGCAUGUUAAGGCAGCUCAACCAAUUAACUCUUCAACAGUAUCAAUCUUGUAACGAAGGUGCAAAGAGAAGUUCAUCAAGUAUUCAAAUAACCAAACUCUUCGAAGCCACUAAUCAUUUUGUAAAAUGUUCAAAAGCUUUUUGUAAUUUUUAUCUCAUUUGAAAUAAAGUAGAGAUUUCAAAAUCUCGUUUAGUUAUCCAAAA